AGCCGCUGCCCGAAGCUUCGUGAGGGGGCGAGGGUUGCCGGGCCCCUCUCGCCGUCUGAAGUUCCGCACCUGGCGGCCCCCGCGGCCCGGGCCUGCGGCGGGUCCCCUGCGGAGCCACCGGGGCCCUACCGGCGGGAUGCGGAGAGAUCGCCACGGGGCGGGUGUGGGGGUGGUUUUCCUUUCGUGUUUCAGCACCGUUAAGCCGCAGGGAAAGGUUGUGCUCUUGACAAGAUGAGAAAUCAUGGCUUGUACAGUGAAUGAACCUUAAACUCCUGCGCCAAAAACUGAGGUUGUUUCCAUGAAGGAUGGCAACACCAUACGUUCCUGUUCCUAUUGGAAGUUCAUCAUCCAGCUUUACAAACAGAAACCAAAGAAGUUCUUCUUUUGGGAGCAUCUCCACGAGUUCCAGCUCCUCAAAAGGACAGCUAGAGGACUCUACAAUUGGGAGUUUUAAAAAGAUGAGCGUGCCUGACCAGACUGGUUCUACGUCAUCUGUGUGUGGUAGUCCACUUGUUAGGACUAAAUUUACAGGUCUGGAUACAUCCAUGGAAUACUGUACUCAGCCCAUGGACGACAUAGAGCAGAAUACAGAUUCCAGGAGCUGGGAAGAUCGACCAUCCACGCCCACUAUACUGGGCUAUGAAGUGAUGGAGGAAAGGGCAAAAUUCACUGUAUACAAAAUACUGGUAAAAAGAAGUCCAGAGGAAAGUUGGGUGGUUUUCAGACGGUACACUGACUUCUCCAGGCUGAAUGACAAGCUAAAGGAUAUGUUUCCAGGCUUUCGGUUGGCUCUUCCACCAAAGCGCUGGUUCAAGGAUAAUUAUAAUCCUGACUUCUUGGAAGAUCGACAGUUGGGACUACAAGCAUUUCUGCAGAACCUAGUAGCUCACAAAGAUAUUGCUAACUGUCUUGCAGUGAGAGAAUUCCUUUGUCUGGAUGAUCCUCCGGGUCCUUUUGACAGUCUAGAAGAGAGCAGGGCUUUCUGUGAAACUCUGGAGGAAACAAACUACCGCCUGCAAAAAGAGCUGCUUGAAAAACAGAGAGAGGUUGAGUCGCUGAAGAAAUUGCUGAGUGAAAAGCAACUUCAUAUUGAUGCCAUUGAAAGAAGAAUUAGGGAUUUGUCUUCAGGAAAAAUGACUCGUCAAAUAUCAGGAGAAGAAAGUGAGUGCAGUGGUGAGGUGGAGUCUUCUGCAGUGGAAGCAGACCAGGGUACCCUGGGGGAGGACAGCUGCUCGGAGAAGGAGAACCACGAGGCUUGCUGGAGUGGCUCUUUGGCUGAAAAUUCUGUACCAGAAAUUGAAGUGGCUGAAGUAGCAUAUACUGCUGAUGAAGAGGAAUAGAUGAGGAGCAGCUGCCGUUACCUGGGAAAGCUUCACGGUGGGGACGUACCCCAGGGGUAGGGACACGUCGGAGCUGCAAAGAACUGACAGCAGAGAGCAAGAAUGCACACCUUGAAUGUUUACAUAAACCCUUACAAAUUAUUAACAUAAGAAAACAUACCCAGUGCUGCUUGGAUUUCCAUUUUUAUCUAGCCUUUAUAUAUUUAAUAUAUUAAGUCUGAUGAGGGCUAAAAUCAGCUAAAGUUUAGAUGUGUACACACACAAUUUGGCUGACUUUCCUAGCGGAGUGACAAAAAACUUCACAUUAAAUCACCAAACAUGUGUGACACUGACCUGACACGUUUGAUGUGUUCACCUGUUUGGUAUUUGUGUUUUCAUAUUCUUAUAGCCAUAAAGCAAUGCUUGUUGAAGUAAAAACGGGCUCGUCUUUACGUUUAAGAGGAGUGCAGAAGGUGGUGUUUUUAAGUUGUAAAGUUUGAAGAACGUUUCUCUGGAAAUUUUAAUGCGAUGCAAUAGGAAAACCUCCAGUACCAAGAGCAAAGCACUUACAAAAUGGGAUUAUAGUUGGACAUUUUAAAAAAGAAAAAAAAAAAAUGACAUUUUUGCUGAAGGAACUAGUGAGACCCCCAAACCACUGUGUAUUUUCAUCCCAAGUUAGCAUGCUGUAAUACUUAACUUCUGUUUGGUAAUGCUGCUUUUAAAAUCUGAGAGACCUUUGCUAUAUACCCACAUAACAACAAAACCCCUGAGUUUGCCUUUGACUGGGAACGCUACCUCUUACCACCUCGCUAACACAUUCACAUUUGUUUAAAAAGAAGAAAAAGUCCAGAUUAUAUGGAGAUGAUUGAAAGACUUGUAAAGAAGCCAUAUUUUUUUCCUGCACAGUCCAUAACUAGAUGGAAUCUAGUGGCGAUGUUUUUGCGUUUCAAUAUAUUGUACACGUGGGGAUGUUGCUCCAUAUGUGCUAUAGCCUAUUUUUCAAAACGUAUUAGGACAGGAGAUGCACUUUAUAAUUAAGACUCCAUUGUGCCAAGUUCAGUUUGGCUAAUUUGUUAAGAAAGAGGAGUUGCAGGGAGAGGACGAUGUAGUGCCUUUUUUGUAUUUUACUUGUUCUUUACUGUAAAGUUUUGUUACAGUGCUCUGGGUCAGCUCUGUGGAACCUUUGAUACAGCUUGUUUCUGUUCUUCACUUAUUUACUCAAAGUGCCUUGUUUUAUUCUACUUUUCCAAUAGGAAGAAUGCUGUUUUGUUUUAAUUUUUUUUUUUUUUUUUUUGCCCUAUGCCACCCACAUGGUUGUUUAACGUUGUCAAUACGCGGUGUCUUUGUGCUGGAGUUUUCAAAGGGAGCUUUGUACUUCAGACUGUGAUACAAUGACCUUUAUUGCAGAAGUGUAUAAACCUUCCUGGUGAAAUAAAACUAUGGACAAAACACCUGCCUUCUCUUCUCCAUCAUAGGAAAAAAAAAAAAAGAAGAGUUCAAUGCCUUGUCUAGUAGAAGGCUAAAAAUACCAUUAGAGAGAGACAUUUCUUACCUCAGUGAUUUCCUACAGUUACUCAGCUUUUGCUCUGAGUUCUGUUUGUACCAAAAAUUGUCUGCAUGAAAAUGAAAAUGCUGUAAUAAGACACAAAAAAUACUUACUGUACUUCUGUUGAAGAUUAAAAUAAAAGGAACUAUUUUUUUUUUUCUA